UUCCAGUUGUUAUAAGAACCGUUUUAAACAUUUUAAGAACAGGAUUUAAAUUUAAGUUAAAGUUAAACUACGUUGGCUCUGGUUUAACCAUAGCUAAAACAUCCCCUGACCUUCAGCCCGUCCCUUCCUUCUGUGAAGGUCAUUAAAGCAGCAGUAUACUUCAGCCUAUGGCUCAUAACAGUUUUAUGAUGUCAAUAUUGACCAGAAGAAGUCAGUCAUCCAUGAACAGCUACGGACACUUGGGCAGAAGUGUACUAGGGGUUUAUGGUCAGAGGCCAGCUCGGCUUACCUCUUUCUGAAGAUAAAUAAACCGACCCAUAUGGACAUCUGGUUAUGAUGAUGAUCCGUGCUGUGGCUCAACAUCUCUACUCCAGUAGGGUCUCAGACCGCUCUCAGACCGCUCAGAGUCCUUGUGCUUCAUUCCGCAGGUCGUCGCCGACCGUCCCAGGUGGGAACUGAAGUCCUUCCACCACUGGCUGGAUGUAUCACCCAGCGGAGCCCUACCCAGGCCGAGCCAGCUGGUACCCCCAGCCCAACGGAGGACCCGAUAGAGGCCAGUGGGGUCCGAUGAGCGACCGCACAUGGAGCCCCAGCAACAGGUUUCAUGGAGGCCAUAGCCAACCUCAACGCCCACACACACACCAUCUCUACACAAGGGGGGAACGGAAAUCAUCCCAGCACUCCCAAGACAAGGUUCCCCCCCGGGGACACAGAUUACCGUUACACUCCUGGGAGCACAAGAACCAGCCCUACGAAGGCCACGCCUCCUCCCAGCGUAGCUCCUCCCACGCAUUCCAGAACUGGACUCGAACCCACGGCGGGAACGGGCCUCCCUCAGGUCCUCCGGGGGAACUCCACGCCCCCUGGAGGGAGGAUGACAGCCACCCCAGGUACGGGCCCCCCCCUCCCCACCUGGACCCCGGCAGAGAUGCCCUACUGCAGCGCUGGGCCCAGGGGGACGGCUACCGCGAUGCCGCGGGCCGGGCGGUGAGCCAGCGGGUGGCGGGGGUCUGGAGGCGGCCUGACGUCUACCAGCAGCACAGAGACCAGCUCCACGCCACACCAGCCCCCCGCGACACCUGCCCCGCCAAGAGGAGGCGCAGCGACGGCCCUGACCAGACGCCGUUCUCUGGCUCCAAGCAUUCGUCGUUACCGCCUCAGGCCCUGUCUCCUCCGACCCGUUACCAUGACAAAUGGUACGGCCCCCGCCAUCGCCCGGAGCCGCGAAGCCCCUCCCCUGCUCUGCAACAGGACACCUCUCAGCCGCGACACGGAGCUCCGAGCGUCCACGACAGCAAACCAUCAGGCCACGCCCACCGGACCCCCCCCCCCGCGCCGCGCCACGCCCACCACCGGCCCGCCGCCCCGCCCGGAGGCGGCGGCGUCGCCAGGGCGACGCACCAUGGCGGCCGGGCGAAGGGGGACCACCACAAACCCUGGUCGUCCUCGCCAGCAGAACACACGCGCGUGCCUUACGGUCACCACCAACACGCCCCGCCCCCCCGGCACAGCCAGCCCCGCACCCCCCCCCACAGCCCCCCGCCACGGGGCUGCUGGCCGGACCCCCGCGGACACAGCCACCGGCCCAGCACAGCCCAGCGGGAGACGAGAGCCCCUGGCCCCUGCCUCUGCACCCCCCCCAUGCAGGAAGCCGGCAGCGACGGCCCCGAGACACCCCCCGUCAGACCUCCUGCCCCCCGGUCCCCCCGCCACCGCCCCUGGAGCCAAGGCCUGCCCCUCAGAGAGGAGAGGAGGGUGGAGGAGAAGGAGAGGCUGAAGGAGAGGAGGGUGGAGGAGGAGGAGAGGAGGGUGGAGGAGGAGGGGAUGAUGGAGAAGGAGAGGGUGAUGGAGAAGGGGAUGAGGGUGGAGGGAGAGAGGAAUAGAGAGGAGGGGAAGGUGAAGAAGCUGCGAGGGUCCAAAAGCCUCUCCUCCAGGAGGGAGGACUCCAAACUCCGACACCAGAGGAAGAAGAAGCGAGAGAAAAGCAAGCGGUUGAAGGAGGAGUCGGGGGCGAUGGAGGCUGCGGAGAACGGAGUGAAGACGGUGGCACCGCCGCCGCCGCCGCCACAGCCCAGAGCGCCGGGUCACCCAGAGAUCAACCAGAGGAUCCUCUCCCAGAAGGACCGGCCCCCGCAGGCACAGGCCGGCCCCUCCAAGUUAAACCACGGAGAGCGGCCUGGGAGAGCAGCGAAGGCCCCCGGGCGCAGAGCAACGGACCCCCCCUCCCCCCCUCACCUCCCCUCCUACCAACCCUCAGAGGAGGGCCGCCCCUCAGCCAGACCCCCCCCCCAUCCGUCCCCCCCGCGCCCAGCCCCUAAGACCCCCCCCAGCCCCGCCCGGCGCCCGCUCCCAGCGACGCCACAACGCAGGCCGGCCGCCGACCCCCCCGCCCGCCCCCCUCACCGGCCCCCGGCCCCCCCGCCUGCGCCCCGCUCGGGGGGGCCCCCGCGGGCCCCGGCCCAGAGGAGGCCCGGGCUGCUGCGGGCCCCCGACCUGCAGCCGGCGGCGGGCCAGGGGCCGGUGCUGGAGCUGGGGCAGAGCCCGGCCGCCAGCCCCCCGGUGCUGAGCUGGCAGGGCUCCCCGGUGUCCUCCCUGGAGGAGGACGAGGAGGAGCUGGAGGCGGGGCCCCUGAUUGGCCCCGUGCUGCAGCCCAGCCCCACCCACAGCGGCACCGUCUCCCACGACGACGCCGUCUCCCACGGCGACAGCCUCCCCCACGGCGACGCCCUCCCCCACGGCGCCGGCGUCUCCCGCGGCGACGCCGAGGAGGCGAGCAAGGACCGCCUCGGGGGGAUGGACGCGGUGGGCCGCGACCACGGCGAUGAGGAUGAGAGGGUUGAGGGUUGUCACGGCGACACAGAGACGGAGACCCCCCGGGUGACCGGAGCCGGAGAGGGAGAGGGGGAGAGAGAGGGAGGCGGAGAGGGAGAGGGAGAGGGAGAGGGAGAGGGAGAGAGAGAGGGAGGCGGAGAGGGUGGUGGAGAUAAAGGUGGAGAGAAGGAGGACGGAGAGAGCGUCGGAGAGGACGCAAACAAAGACGGACCAGAACACGGAGUGAAGGAGGAGCAGAUGGGAGGAGGUGAGGAGGGAGGGAAGGAGGACAAAGAAGAGUACGGGGAUGAAGAUGGAGAGAAGGAGGAGACGGAGGAGGACGGAGAUAAAGACGAGGUAGACGAAGAGAAGGACCACAAGACGGAGGCGUCCGACUCGCUGCUGCUCCGCCGGUUCCAUGCCCACCAGGACGGGCUGGACGACGUCUUCAAGAGCCUGGCCACCUUCCUGGGGGGCCAGAGCGUGACCUGCCGGGGGGGCCCCUUCGGACGCGUCCCGGCCUCGUCCCUGGGGCCCGUGAAGAGCUCCUCGUCUCUGACCCUGGGGCCGCAGAUCAGCUGCAUGGACCAGCACGACCCCCCCCCUGACCCAAAGACCUCUGGGAGACACAGCAGCCAAUCACAGGCCCUCGCCGUCCCAGACGAGCCCCCCUCCUACUCCGAUAAACCCCCCUCAGAGGUUCUGGAGAGCGGCGGGAAGCCGCCGGCGGGGGGGCGGGUCGAGCUGCGGCUCACCACCACGCACACUUCCUGCCUGGCCGACGACCUACUUCCUGUCCCUGCCAAGGCGGACGCAGGAAGCCGAGACGGAACCGCCCCCAGCCGGACAGACAGGAAGAGGAAGCAGGCGGCGGGGGCCGGCGGGGGGGGGAAGGCCAGGAGGAGUGAUGUCAUCAGCAAACAGGAAGCUGCUCAGGCUCCCCAGGAGGCGGACGCCGGGCCCGGGGACCCCCCCUCUGACCAACGCUCUCAGGAACCCCCCCUCGGCGCCCCCCAGGGACCCGGGGAACCCCCCCCGCAGGAGACCCCAGCGGCGGAGUUCAACCCGCAGGGCGCCGGCCCCGCCCCCAACGCCCCCUCUGGCCCCGCCCCCCCCUCACCACCCCCCCGUCCCACGCCGGGCUCGGCGGACGCCUACAAGAGGAAGGCGCUCUCCAUGGGGCUGUCCAGGGAGCUGAAGAUCCACCUGAUCAAGGUGGAGUGGCGGGGGGCGGACUCCUUCGUCACCUCGGAGCUGGAGGAGCGCCGCAUCCCGCUGUCCAAGGUCAACAUCGGCAACAGCUCCAGUGAGGUGGUCCGCGCCUGCAGGGCUGCGAGGGUCAACGGCAAAUUCAAGGAGUCCCACCUGCUGCCAGCCUUCUCCGUCAAACCCCUGAUCGCCACGGAAACGCCCAUCCCCCGGGACAAGCUCAAUCCCCCCACACCCAGCAUCUAUCUGGAGAGCAGGAGGGAUUCAUUCUCUCCGGUUCUGCUGCAGUUCUGCACCAACCCCAAGAACGCCGUGACCGUCAUCAGGGGUCUGGCCGGCUCCCUCCGCCUCAGUAAGACCCCCACAAGGACCCCCAGACACUGAACCCCAGAGCCACACUGAGACCCCCAGA